CCUAACAUGCAACCCGGACACGCAACACGCAGCAUGCAGAGGGCAGAUGCAGCAAGCAGGUGGAUAUGCAAUGCGCUGCGAACGACGGUAACAUACGAGCAGGCACACAACGUCGCACACGCGCCACCCCAGCAACCUGAAGGCGGCGUGCGUGCGUGCGUGCGUGCGUGGUGCACCAUGACUCCAUACGCACAUACCGCCCAUCCCCAGGUGGCCAGCCAGUGCAGAUCGACCAGUCACACACAAACACGCCCUUACAACAACCACGCACGGGGUUCUGGGGGUGUAUGAGAGCGCACCGCCGCCCCAGUCUCCACGGCGGAGAGGGGCGGCAGGCGGCCGACCCGUAGACACCCUCAGGGCAUACCCAUACACAUCACCGCAGGGAAAAGCAGGAGGGCGGCAAGACACACACACAGACCACGGCCACACCCACACCCACACCCCUACACACACGCACACGCACCCAUACCCACACCCACACAUACACGCAGGAAUACCAAUACCUUACACGCAUACCCACGCCCACACCCACACCCACACUCACACCCCUACACACUUACACACACACACACACACACACACAGAGGCACAUGGAACGCACAGUGUGGCGAGGAAAAGACCUAGUGGGGUGAAUAGGGGCCCCUCCCCCAGACCUCGUCUCUGGGGAAGGGGCGGAUGAAUGGUGUGGCGGCCACUCUUGCCGCGCACCUCAAGAGCACACUCGCGCCUGACUGCACACGACAAGAGGACCCACCAUCGGGCCACGACACGGCCCGUCGAGAAAUCCCUGUCGUCCCUGUAGUGAGCUUCAUUCACUGCCUUGCCUAGCUUGUGCAAAAAGGUCUCCAUAGUCGAAGACCAGCGUCCAUACGACUCGAAGGUCAAAGGCAAAAGCAUGUACCCUCCCCGUGCACAGGCAACGGCAUACACGUCCCUCUUGCGCUUCUCGGCCACGCGAAGGGCCGAGCCAGGCCGCUGGUUGGUGAGGUUCCUGGGUUCGCCUGGGCGGUCGUCGUGGGUGGGGUGAGUGCCGGUGACGUCAGCCAUGAUCUUCGAGCCGUCAUGCUGAGUGAUCACCAGGUCCAUCCGCUGUUUGUCGGUCGUUUGCGGGAGUGGGCACUGGCGGUCACGCAGAAGCUGCUCGGUCUUCACGCUGGGGCAUCGGGCCUCCUUGCAGAUGCGAUAGACGGUCGCUUGGACGGUGUUGUGUCGACUGGUGAGGUAGCCGCGAUUGGGGCACUUGACCAUGUGGUCGCCACGGGGGUCGCAGGGCUUCGUGCACGCCCCACACGUCGUCGGUCCCUUCGCCAGGCCGAGCUGGAACUGCACAUAAUUGUUGAUGUUGUGGGUUGGCUGCAUGGUGGUUUGCGUCUGAUCGGCUGUUCGGUUUGUGUCAGGAUGCUGCUGCCAUUCAUGUUAUCGUGUGAUUGCCGUCAGGGAGGGCGAUGCGGUCAUCUCCAGCGACCUGGGCAGUCUGUUCGACGUGACUGGACAAAAAAGUGGCCGGGUCACAGGCAGUUCGAAGGGUUGUCUUGGCCCGCGACAACAAGACAGUAGUUUCCUAUCCUGACCAGCCCUUCGUCCCAGACGAG